AUGGGUCUAUCGAUAAAAAUUCUGUACGACGCAGCUGUUGAGAGCAGCAGCCCAAAAAAUGAUGGGGAAAAUUCGAAGCUCGAACCAGCAAGACCGGAUGAUUGCAGCACUUUGGUUCCGUUCCCAAGAGGCUGGCGUCUGCACCAAAUUGAAGAGGUUCAAGACGAGGCUCAUACCGGGAAACGCACGAAUAAACGGAGCGACGGUGUUUUUUGGUGUUCUUGGUUCGAAACCGGAGCAGACGUGAUUAUAAUGAACGAAUCGGGAGACAUACUGAAUCUUGCAGACUUGUCAUCACCAGUGGUCUACAACGUCAUCUCCAUGGACGUGGUGGACCGCAACAUCGUGGCGUUCGGUUCCAGGGAGGGCUACAGUGGGACUUUCAACCUGGCAAACGGGCUUGUAGAAUUGUCCAGCACGCAGUUGCUCAAACCCGUAACCAACGUGUGGACGCGACGCGUGGGACGGUCGCGGAAAAUGGUGGUUUUCUCCAGAUUCGAUUGCAGUAUCUCGGUCACCUCGCUGUCCACGGGCUCCAAUACGGCUAUGAGCCUGCGGCUUUCAUCGCAAUUCCGCUGCGUGAGUGCAGACGUCGACCAUAAGGUGGAGACCGUGGCCAUGCACGACGGCAAAGUGUUGUAUUUGUGGAGUUUGCGUUGGCCCAACAGCCCCGACGGCGUUCGUGGCCUCUACCUUGAAGAAGGCGAGGAAAUCGUUUCUCUGAAGUUCGCGUCUACCAAAUUGCUGCUCUUGAUCGCCACGUCGCGCAGGCUGUUUAUCUACGAUUUCGCUUCCAACGCGGAUCUGGUCUGCAACAUCCGCGAAGACGCCUUUUACGAUUUUUUCGAAAACGACUCCAAGAUUGUCGUUGAGCAGACGCACUUAUACGGGACGCACAUCGCCUGUUUCGGCCUCGACAACACUACGGCAAGAUGGGCUCCUCUCGGAUAUUCCGAUAUCAGAGCGCAAUUUGGAAUUCGUGACAUUCGCAAAUUCUACGCCUUGCGUUCUCGCCUACUGCUAUUCAUGGGUCACCAUACCCGUUUUCAGCUCGAAACAGCCACGGACGCCUGA